AUGGCAGACAGCGAGAAGGAGGAGUUCUUGGUGGAGUCGGAAGAUAAUGAGGCCAAGCAGCAAGAGAGAAAUGAAAAUUUAAAGUCUACUAUCAAAGAGACAACGGCUAGAAGAAAGACAAAUCUCUUACAAUGGAUGGAAAUCACAGUCUCAGAGCCAGAGAAGAGGUCUGGCAUCUCUAUGAAGAUGCAGGAAACAUUUACUGUAUACCUUAUAGAGACAAGAGUAACAGACCCAAACAUGAAGGGUUACACUGAAGAUACUACAUCUGCCUGGCGUCGUUACAGUGAAUUUGAGCUGCUCAGAAAUUACCUGGAAAUCACCUACCCUGCAGUAGUGGUACCCCCUCUGCCCGAGAAAAAGGCAACUUAUGUAUGGCAGAAAUCUGGUAGGGAUAAUUUUGAUCCCGAUUUUGUGGAGCGAAGGAGAGCUGGUCUUGAGAUUUUCUUGUUGCGGUUAGCUGCUCAUUCAACCUUAUCUCAGGAUCAAAUUUUUCAAACGUUUUUGAAGAAGGAAGAUGGCUGGAAGGAUAUGGUAUACUCAACAGACUUCCAAAAUAAGGCAGAUUCAAAGUUAAAAGCCCUUAGUGCAUCUUUUAGGCUGAAGAAACCAGAUAGGCGAUUUGAUGAACUGAAGAACUACAGCAAUGAACUUCAAAGCAACAUUUUAAGCUUGUUGAAAAUUCGUGCUAGGCUGGCUGACAGGCUGUACGCAAUCCACAAAGUGCAUGGUAACUAUGCGCGAGUGUUGAAUGAAUGGAGCUCUAUUGAUAAAGACAUAGCUGACCCAUUACAGGGAGCUGCUCAUUACAUGGAUGUGUUUGCUAAUAACGUAGAUGGUAUAUUGGAUGAAGAGGAGCAGUAUGCUGACCAGUUGAAGGAAUACCUGGGCUUCGGGGAUUCCCUCAGGUUUGUAUGUAAGAAACAGGAAUGUUUACAGUACGACCUGGAGCGAGUAGAGGACAGCCUGUCAUACAAGGCCAGCCAGAAGGAAAUGCUUCUACAAGGUAAAACUGGAGGCUUUUCACUAAGCAGUGUAAAGACAAAGUUAUUUGGUAGUGACACACCAGAGCAACGGGAUCAGAAGAUCAAGCAGCUGGAGGAACAAAUCGCUCUUAAUGAGGAGGAGUUAAAAACCAUCACUGCAGAGACACAGAAGUUUGUUGAGUUGGCGUUAAGAGAUAUAGACAGGUUUGAGCGACAAAAAGUGAAAGAUCUCAAGGAAAUUUUCACUAAUUUUGCAAUUAUGCAAAUAAAGCAAUGUAAGAAGGGUAUUGCAAUAUGGACAAGUGCCAAAGAUUGUUUUGGAAAGAUGUGAAGAGAUUGAACAUGGAACCGAUGGUUGUGUGCAAUUUACAGAUGACAAGACAUGUAGGAUUAAGUAGAUUGUGAUUUGUAUACAGGACAGGGCAUUGAAAACUAAACCGUUAUUGUUUAUUUGUACCACACAUUCCAUGGAAAUCUUACAGACCAACAAAUUCAAGAGAUUUUAUUGAAAUGUGUUCAGUUUAUUUAUAAAUGCGUGUUUGUAUAUUAAAUAUAACCUAUAUAUCCUUUUCUAUUCAUUUUGCUUCUUGAAAUUUUAUCUACGUACAUCUGAGAAACAAUGUGCUAGCUCACUUGACUUUGUACUCUUAACCGUCUUGAACCAAACUCUUGUGCUUGAGAAAUUUGAGCUCUGAAAUACUCACUGAAUAUUGCCAUAUGACACAGGGAACAAAAGUGCCUUGCUGCUUACGACAUGUCUUCACAUUCAAAAGCAGGCCUCUGUUCAAGUGUGUCCCUAGAUACAAGUGCACUACUCCCUUUUCCAGAGCUUGUAGACAGGGUUCAUUUUUACGCAGUAUUCGUACCUUGCACUUGGGCGAAGAAGGCGUCACUGUGGCAGAUUUGCUCGAGGCAACAUGUUGACAGCUUUGUAAAAGGGGCGCAGUUCUUUUGCCACUUGUGAGAUUAGAUUUGCAGGAACAACUACAGAAGAAAUGGUGUGUCUGUUUUUUACUGCUUCCAGUUGUACUUGUAGUACUGGCGCUAAUAAUGCAGCAGGAUAGGUAUUUAAAUUAGCAUACUCAAUAUGAAUUAGAGUUACAAAAUGUUGCAGGUAUGUUAAACGCUCCUUGUCCUCCCUUCACCUGUUUAACAAAAACGUAGCAUAAGAUUUACAGUAUAUAUGUACCAUACCUUUACAUGUUGUUUUUAUGGGCAGAGUGGUGCACGGGAGUACUAGGGGCCAUUUUCACGCAGCUGUCUUAAUGUUACCAGCUCGUAUCUACCAUGACAACAUAAUGUCUACAGUACUGGUUGCCAUGGUAGUUCAGUGAACGUAACGUUUAGAGUGCUUCAUGAAACUGGACCCAGGCAUGUAAAUGUUGAGCUUACAAAUUGCAUUGUAGUAUUAAUGAUAUACUGUUACUCAAACAAACAAAAGAUUUCGCAACAAGCUCUAAAUUGGUAAUUGGUGUAGCUGACAUGUACCGGUACCAUAAGUGGUUUUCAUCUGUCACAGAUUUGACAGUCAAACACAUAUUGUACAUAUCAGAUUCCAUAACCAAUACAUGGAACACAUAACUCAGUGUUAAAUUAUGUGAUUUGUCAGUUGGAACAUAGUUUUUCAACCAGGGUGGGUUGUGUGCGUUUACCAAGGGACAUAACUCUUGCUUGCACUUGUUAAAGGGCUGACUACAUCUAAGAAACAUGUACAUACACAAACUGGACUGUUGAUCAGUCCUAUUGCUUAUGACACAGGACAUGUUUUAAAUGCCGUGCAAUAAUUGUAGUGUGUAUGUGGGCUAUUUUACUGAAAACAGUUAACAUGAAGUCUGUGAAGUAGGCAGUGUUGUAGUAUCUGUAGCCUGUGUUGUAGUAUCUAGCCUGUUUUCUAAAAACCAUUUUAUUUUAAGCACCUAUUCUAUUAGUCAACAUUCUGAAAUGAAAUAUAUACAUUGUGAAAGAUUAGAUCGGCUUGCUCAAAUAUUUGUAAACCCAUCUUCAUAAUAUUGCUGUUUGUAGAAAAACUCAUUGAAAAAAUCAUAUUGUUUUGUAUAGUUGAAGUAGUUCUGUUGAGGGCAUACGAAGGGGUUAAUUGAGGUCGCAUGAAUGGGAUAAGGUAUUGUGGUGUAAAGAAAUGAUAAUUUUGCAGUUUUAAAUUCUGCAGUAUUUUCAUAUUUGAUUGAAGUUUUGUGUUAUACUCAGGAAUGUGUCAGUUACAUGAUCACAGCUGGCAAUUUGGAUGUAGGUAACAUUUCAUCAUUUACACGAUGAACAAAAGGCUUAAGUAAUACGACAAAUGUUGAGCAAAGCUGGGAGUUACAUGAGGAAAGUUAGGCCUAUUUGUUUAAAAGGAUGUUAAGUAUUGGACGCUUUCCAGGGUACGUGGUACAAGUAUAUGUCAUGUAGUUAGAAAGUAUGUGUAUAAGUAACACGUGAUAAACAUGUAUGCACUAAAUAAAUCAAAU